AUGAAUAAUCGGAAGCCUAUAGAGGAUAAAAGUUCAGGAAAACCUUCUCCACCAAAUAUCACUGAAGUAACCUAUAUGAGUGUAGAACUUGACUGGGAGGAAGAAUUGAACAGAAUUCAUGAAAAAAUGAAACAACAAUCAAAGAAAUUGAAUCCAUUAGCUGAAGUCAUUUUAAAAAAGGAUUUAUCCGAUGAAUGGGAAAAUGCAUAUAUUGGUUAUGAUCAUCAGUGUAUCUGUAAAAAUUUAGAUCCAGAAACAUCGUAUUGUUUUAAAAUACGUUUUAAAAAUUUAAAACAAUAUGAAAAUUGGAGUGAUACAGUACAAGUACAAACGCAGAAACUACCUGUAACUGGACAUGAUUUACAUACUGCAUUAAAACAAAAUAAUGCAAUUCAUUUACGAGAGUUGCUGGAAAAAGAGCAAGGGUGCAUCGAAGCACCAGAUAAUCUAGGAUUUACUCCUUUAAUGUACUGUGCACAACGCAAUCUACCUGAUAUGAUGUCUAUUUUACUGGAAGCCAAUGCGAAUACAGAGACAGAAACUAGUACAGGGAAAACUGCACUUAUGUUUGCCUCAUUCAAGGGGAAUACUGAAUGUAUGGAACUACUUCUUGAAUAUGAAGCUGAUGUCAAUCAUGCGGAUAAAAAUGGUUUAACUGCUCUACAUAUGGCUGUAGAUGGAGAGCAACCGAAAGCUAUCCGUCUAUUGGUUAAUUCUUCAGCAAAUUUAGAAGCUGUGGAUAAUAAUCUUGGAUGGACGCCUUUAUUGCGUUGUUCUGCUCUGAAAAAUAAUGGAAAUGUGGAAGUAGCUAGAGAGUUAAUUAAACUUGGUGCAAAAAUUGAUGCACAAGAUUGUGAUGGUAAAACACCAUUGCAUAAUUGUAUUAUGGUUGGACAUUAUGAUUUAUGUCAAUUAUUAUUGCAGAAUAAUGCAAGCAUAAAAUUGCAGACAAAUAGAGGACAUGAUGCUGUGAUCCUCAGUGAAUCCGUUGGGAAUCAAAAAAUACAGAAACUAAUCAUGGAAUAUGCUAAUCAACACUGA